AUGAGCGACAGAGUGUCGUGGUCCAAAAACGGCUUCAUAGCCUACUCUGGAGCCGGAAACAGUAUCCACUUGACAUAUCUAGAGAACAUAAAUGGUCGAGAAUGGCAACUUGCCGAGCCCCAGAAAUUUAAGAUUACAGGCCACGAUGGUUCUGUGGCAGCAGGACCCCUCCUGGCGGUCUCUUGGAGCAACUUGAGCACGGAUCUUGCGGUUUGUGACCACCAGGGAAGUUUUUAUGUGCUUUUGGCUGGGGUGGGUGUGAUUGAUCACGAUACAAAUGGCACCCAUAAUGGAGUUGUGAAUGGCCAACGUAAUGGAUCACAAAAACCGUCUACAGCAUAUGAAUUGACAUCCUACAACCAAUUGGUGGUGACGUAUAGGGAUAUGGUGGGAGAGCGAAACGAGGUGGUUGCUUUAAAGUGGCUCAAUGUUGAAAAAAAUCAAAUUAUUCCCAAGCCAGCCGUUCUCGUACAAACAGCCAACGAGUCCUCGGCAGCCUACCAGUAUGGGGUCAGUCUGCACCAACCACUGGGUCUCUCGCAUCCGAUUUCCAGUAAGCAAGCGUGUGUAGUUCUUCGAAGAAACGGAGACCUCACUUUGUAUUACCAAGGAGAACAUAAGGUGGAUUAUUACAAGGUGAGUACAAAACUUGAGGGAACGUAUAUUACCCAUGGCUCAUUGGGACUUACCAAAGAUAAAUCGUUGGUGGUUGUUUCGCAUAACGGUUUGACCGGCAAAAUAUCGAUGCAUACAAUUCGAAUAGACUGGGGGUUCUUGGCCGAAUCUGCUUUAAAACAAAAAACAGAUCCUCACUAUAACACACCUGAAAGUUCCAAAACUCCCCCUAAACUUCUGGUUGAACAUUCUUACGAUAUGCUUCCCCAGCCCUUCGUGGUGGAUGCCACAAAUGAACAGUCUCAAGAUGGAUACACCCUCCUGUCCAUCGAUCUGAUAUCUACCUCAGCAAACUCAGAAUCCAAUUUGGACAUUUUCAUCUCCUACAAAUCCGGAAACUCCACUCAUUUGUACCAGUACGAAGUUGGAUACGCUGACGAUGUCAUUUCUCCGGAAUUUGCAGAGCUUGGCCGCAAAAAGGGCAUACAAGAAAAUCAGAAAACUUGCCCCAAGCUCAUACUAGUCAGCCGUGCGGUUCGGCCUGGGGUUUUAUUGUCUGUUCAGGCAGCAUUUUCUGAUAUCUUUGUUGUGUUCAACUACAAUGAUGGCAGGGUCGAUAUAAUGGAUCGAAGAAAAAUGGACAUCAUAGACCCCACGAAAUCAGAAAUGCCUCCUCACACCGUCUCCAGUAUAUUUGACGUUGGUUUCUCGUUCCAGACUCCUGGUGACAAAAAUAUCAUUCCAGGAAUGGUUGCGUAUUCACCCACCUUGACGGCAAGAGUGUACGCAUUUCCUGGAGAAGACUCUCCAAGAUUACACCUUCAAACAGUAUCAAAAAUCGAUUCCGUGGUAAACCCCAAAGUGCUUUUUUUGACGUCGGUGGGCUUUGCAUUUUGCCAUUCAUACGCCUGUUACUCCAACAUCUGUGCAGACGAUUUCAUAGUGAUGAUUCAACAGGAUAUUCUACGGGUUACAAAGAUAUUGCGCAAGACGCACCAAGAAAAAUCCCAUCAUAUCGAAGUUGUGGUCACAAAAUUCAUCGAGUCUAUCAUAUGUGAAUCGCACAAGGCUAUAAACUUUCAACUCGAUGCCUUUGGUAAAGAAUCAGUUGACAAAUUACUAUCGAAUCCACCUUUGCAAAAGCUUCUUUCAUUGCAAAUGGCACUUGGUGAAUUACAAGACCACGGAAAACUCAUCAGUGACCUUGCGUGGAUUGUACUCAAUCUUCGUAGCACAAGUUUUGGGAUAAUGUUUCUGUUGUCUAGCAUCUACCGCCAGGUCCUGAAAAAGAAACCUUCAGAAGAUACCAUGCAAGAUUCAGUGGCCCGGGCUGAGUGUAUUGUUUCUUUGAUAGGAAGCGUGCGUUGGUUGAUUGACCUCAUAAUCUACCUAAAUCAAGAGUUUAACCAGCUUGCAAAUAGCAAAGGUGACCCAUCCAUAAGCAAGCUUACCAUGAAGAACUCAGUUGUGUUACCAAUAGUCUUGAGUAAAGUACCUCGGUUGUUCUUGAUGUAUGCUCUAUCAUCCAUUCAAAAGACCCAUGAGACUCUCAAAAAAUUGCAUAAAGAUUUGGCCGAAUCUAACAAAUUAUUCCAGCCCAUGAAGGAAGCUUUGAACCGCUACUUUACCACAUGUGCUAAUUCUCCACUACAGAUAUCCUUGUUUGAAAGUUUCUUGCGGGACACAGAUGCUGUAAUCGCUAAGGAAAUCAGCCAGAAUCCCAAGUUUGAAAAGAAAGGAUACCAGCUUCGUGUCGAACAGAAAUUAGUGUUUCAGGGUGAGAUUAGCGAGGAGUAUAUCCCAAUUGCUACUGCGGUAGUUGGAAAAUAUGCCAACAAUAUCAGCCUCGACAUGAAAGUAUCCGAACUAUUUUUUUACGAUGUUGACUGGAUCGGUGUGGGCAUCCAAUGGUUCAAUGAUGAGUGUGUAGUGGUCGAAGGAUCUCACGAAGUCCUUUUACAGUAUCCUCAAGAACCAAAGCAAAUGGUACCUCGUUUGGCAUAUGGGACAAGAGACUGUAUUGAUGCACUAAGAAAGGUGGUUAUACCGAGAGGAAAAGGUGGAGCCAAAGUACGCAAGUGCACGAGAUGCAGAUCUGUGUCGUUAGUUAACGAUCCGUUGGUUUUCAAUGCCCCUACCACUCUUGGACUUUGGACGAUGGUUUUCCAACGAAGCUGCAUUUGCGGAAGCAUCUGGAUCAACACUGAAUAA